ACAAUGGGAACCCACCAGGUGGUCGGACAUCAAAGGGAAAGUUCCCUUACAGUUUUUAUUUGCCCCAUUAAACACAGGUGCUUACUCUCUUUUAUCUUUAUUUGUUUAUUUCUCUCUCUCCCUUUGUCACAUCAAUCCAAGGUGAGACUAAGAGACAUUCAACAAGAUUUCUCUCACAGCAAUGUGGCCGCAGCUGUGGAUUACUUUGGGAAAACCGAGUCUGUGACGCUCUAUCGGUCCAGAAAGGAGGCAAUCGUUGUUUUCGAGAGAGAGGAAGAUGCCGAGAAAUUGAGGAGCUCGAGAACCAUCUGCGUGAGAGGACAAACAAUAGUUGUGAGACGUGUGAAAGAAAAGCUGGCUGUGACUGAGGAGGAAGUAAUGCCUCCUUCAAGAACACCUGCCACACAUCACACCACUUAUUCCACAAAGGCCGCGACCACCACAGGAGUUCGUCCUCCCAAACCUAAUAUUCCUCCGCAGAGGGGCCUGAGAUUCAAAAGAAAGGCGACGGGAAAACUCAUCGAUGGGAAAAAGAACAUCUCAGCUGAAGAAGUGAGGACUGUAAACAGGGCAAGAGUCUUGGUAUCCAAGGCGAAAAUCAUGUUGAUCAAGAGGAUCUCUGGAGCCAAAAAAGAAAGAAAGCAGGCAAAGCAAGGAACCUCUUUGGAAUCUAAGACCACAUCUCCGGAAACUCAGCCUGACACUGGUGACUCCAAACACAAACCCGUACCUGAAAGGUCUACGAUCAGUAUCGGAGGACCUGGAGUUGGGCUGAAAGGCACUGAUGCAAACGGGAGAGUUAGUGAAGCAGCAAAAGGCCCCUCAUUGGACGAGAAGGUCCAGGCGUCCCAAGGACAGAAACCCAAAACUCAAGAGGACGAGCUCGCUGAAACGGCCAGGAAGGAUGAGAGUGCACCUUCGAGAUGUGUGCAUUCAGAAAGUCAGCCACAUGGAGAAAGUCUAAAACGAUCUGACGCUACGGGUCAAGUGUUUCCAAAGUCUGUAAAAGUGUCGCCUCCAACCGUGGUGAAACUGCAGGGGGUUGACAAAUCUCUCUCUCACUGUGAAGUGCUCUCAGCCGCGGAGCACUUUGGAAAAACUAAGUCGGUGGUUCUGUUCCGGGCCCGAUCGGAGGCGAUCGUGAUUUUCGAGAAAGAGGAAGGUGCUAAGAAACUGAAGAUGGCAGAGAGCCUCGAUGUGAACGGGAGGAAAAUCCCCGUAGUCGUAGAAAAGGAGACUGUUUCCAAGGAGAAGACUCCUCCUCAGAGAAAACAUGCCACAUUCAGAGCCUCCAAACCUGAGUCCACCGUUGAAAAGAUUCUCCCCUCAAAGGUGCGACAACUGCCCAAAGGUGCGAGAACUGUCACUGAGGGGAAAGUCUUUGUUUCAGACGCGACACAUGUCUCAGCCCAGCAGAGAGUGAAAACAGGAGCUUUGUCUGCGGAGGGAGAAGUGAAAACAGGAGCUUUGUCUGCGGAGGGAGAAGUGAAAACAGGAGCUUUGUCUGCGGAGGGAGAAGUGAAAACGGAAGCUGGAAAGCAAAAAACAUCCUUAAGAUCCAAGUCUGGGUCUACUGAAAAUCAUCCUGAUGCUGGGGACUCCUCACAGAGGCCUGUACCUAAAAAGACUAAAACUACUGUUAGAGAACCUGUAGUGGGGCUGAGAGAUGAACCCAAAGCUCCAGAACCAGCAACAUGCUCAGUGAUUAAAACAAAAAUCAAAGCAGGAUCGGUGUCCACUACGCAGAAAUCCAAAAGUCCAGUGGAUGAGCCGUCUGCGCAAGAAGCCGAAAACAUCAGAGCAACAGCUGCUAAAGAUGGGAGUAAGCCUACCAAAUCCACAGAUGAUCAGUCUGAUGUAGAAAAUCUGAAGCCUAAAGAAUCGGAAGCAAAGGUUCAAGAACGUUUGGAGGAGCCAAAAGACACAACCGAGGUUGUUGGAAAAGAAAAUGUAGCGGUCUCAACUACGCAGAAACCCAAAACUCUAUCAGAAGCUGUAACAAACGAAAGGAUGGCAGAACCAGAAAAAUCUGCAGACAAGCCCAGAGAAAGUCAACCGCCAACCGGCUCAGUUCAAAACCAGCCGACAGAAACCUCUGACAAAGCUUCAACACAGGUCCAGGAAAGACCCCCGUCUGAAUCAGCGUUCACAGCACGAGGACCAGAGACCAGGACAGAAGCUUCACGAGAGGAACAGCAGACUGGAGGACGCAAAAACAACGCUGGUGUGGAGGAGGCAGCUGGAAAAGAUGCAAGUGUACCUUCAAGAUCUGCAAAUCCACAAAGUCAGCCACAUGGUGUCAAGCUGGAACAAAAUGAACUCAAGAUUCAAGAAUCUUUGGAGGUACCAAAAGACACAGAGACCAAGGUAGAAAAAACUGUCAAAGCUCAUGAUGCAGAAGAACCAAUGGAACUUGGGGUAUCAGGCGCUAAAGUUGUUGAUGGCAAAGGGGGGGAAACAAGUCCAGAAGCUGUACCAGUAAACAGUCGACCACAACCAGUUGAGACCCAGCGGACAGAACCCUCCGUCAAAGCUUCAACACAGGUCCAGCAAAGCCCCCAGUCGGUACCAGAGACCGGUACAGAAGCUUCACUAAAGCAUCAGCAGGUUGCAGGAAGCACAAAAGAAACUGCUGUGGUGGCAGCGAUGCGAGGGGGAGGGGCUGCGGAAAAAAAAAAACAACAAGAAGAUGAUGAUGCCUCCAAAGUUGUUGUUAAGGUCGCCUCACCUGUGAAAACCGAACCAACAGCUGCAGCAGAGAGCGUGCGGAAACCAUCCAGAGCACCCCGUGUGACUGUCGGGGAGAUGCUACAUGAGCAAUUGUAUCCAGAGCUCAUACGUUGUGUGCUGCCCCACUUCCUCACAGACUCGAGAUUACUUUCUGAUAGUCAUAAAAACUUACUCAUAUUUGGACUGCCGCUCGACUACGAGGGUUUCUACACAGAGAGGAAUGUCGCCAAUCUACUCUUUCCAUUCGGGCUCGGAAGCGUAGACUCACUCUACGUUAUUCCUCAGUCGGGCAUGGCCUUUGUCGCGAUGCCAGAAAUGGUAAAUGUGUUAUACUUCAUGAGAGAGUGUGCAUUAAACGGCAUUUACUUAAGAGGGAAGAGACUCCAUGCUGCAGUGAUAGACUUCCGUGGUCACCUCAAAAUUUUUCAGUUUUAUAUGUUUCUGAAGAAAGUGCUGAGAUGUUGUCUGUUCAAUGAGAAAAAAAGAACCGUCCUCAUCAGUAACAUUUCACCGAGUGCGACCAGGCAGCUCAGAGAAGCUCUGAAAGAGUUUGGUCCUGUCACAAACUUCAUGCCCCUCUUAAACAAGGUCUUUGUAGAGUUUGAAUUUGUUAAAGACGCUGAGCGGUUUGGACUUUGGCACAGUCAACUGAAACGACCGCUUGGUUACACUUGGUUAGUCAUCAGGCUGAACGGACAAAUCAUCAGCUAUCCGUCACUGGGUCCUGUGCCUGCGGUGGCGACACAAUCAGGUGCAGCAUCAGCCAAGGAUGCCUCCAAAACUGCUGCUGCAGGGAAGGUCUCAGCUGUGACGAAAGAUAAGGUCCCAACAGUGCAGAAACCUGGAAUAUCUGAAGGAACACGGCCUGCAGCAGCAUCUGUGACAAAGGGCAGGGUUGCAGGGGAUGCAACUGCUGUGCCCUCCAAAUCUGAAGCACCAAAAAAGCAGCCUGGAGCUGGUGUCCCCAAAACGAAAGCAUAUAUAUAUGAUAUAUCUGCAACUGGUGUUAAAGCACCUGGAUUAGUGGGGCGGAUUGAAAAGUCAACAACCAGUACUAAAACUGAACUAGGAAAGGGCCCAUUGGUUGAAGCCAAGGUCCUAGCGUCCAAGGAGGGAAUGGUCACAACCAUACAGAAAGAAAACCAAGCUGAAAGAGGAGCUGCAUCACAUAAAAGGAUUGCAAAGGAUGGGACUGUGCCAUCUAAAGAUAAACCUUCAGAAAAUCAGACUGAUGCUGGUGACUCCAAACUAAAACCUGUACCUGACAAAUCUAAUACCGGGGUCGAAGAAUCUGUAGUACGACUCGUAGAGUCUUCUGUAGUUGAUAAGCUAGAAAACAGGACAAAAACUGAACUGGGAAAAGGCCCAUUGGUUGGAGAAGGGGUCUUGGCAUUCAAGAAGGAAAUUGUCUCAAGUAAGCAGAAACCAGAAACUCCAUCAGGAAACCUAGCUGUGACAGAAGCUGUAUCAAACGAAAGGAUUGCACAGGAUGUAACUGAAGCUUUAGAAAAUCAGACUGACCCCAAACUAAAUCCUGAACCUGGCAAAUCUGUAACCAAUGACAAAGAACCUAAAGUAGGGCUGAAAGAGACUGCUAAAGUUGGACAGGCCUUUGCUCCCAAAAAAGAACCUAUCUCCACUAAGCAGGAAUCCAAAACUCAAGUGGACAAGCUUGCGAAGUCGAGAGUUGAAACAAACAGAAAUAUUAAAGAAGCAGCUUCAAGUGUACCCUCAAGAUCUGCAGAAACACAAAAGGUCAAACUGAAUGAACUCAAGAUACACAAAUCUUUGGAGGUGUCAAAAGACACAGCCAAGGUAAUUGAAAAAGAAAAGGUAACAAUAUUUGAGCAUGAAGGUCAAGGAAAAAUUGACAAGGCACAUGAUGCAGAACAACCGAUGGAGCUUGGGGUAUCAGGAGCUAAAGCUGGUGAGGGCAGAGGGGGAGAAACAAGUCCAGAGGCUGUACUAGUAAAGUCUACAGACAAACCCAAAGACAGUCAACCACAAGCAGUUGAGACCCAGCCGACAGAAACCGCUGUCAAAGCUUCGACACAGGUCCGGGAAAGCACCCUGUCAGAACCAGAAUCCACGGCACGAGGACCACAGACAAGGACAAAAGCUUCACAAAUGAAACGGCAGGCUGCAGGAAGCACAAAGGAAGCUGCUGUGGAGGCAGUGAUACCAGGGGGACGGGCUGAGACAAAAACAACCCAACACGGUCCUGCGACUACGCUGACAACACAAACAGACGCAGCAGCAGCUACAAGUCAUGGAGACACUUUAAAGCAGAUGCCUGAGGAAGGUUCAGGUCCAAUAGCUGGCAAAUCUGAUGAUAAACCCGCAGUUCCAGACGGUGCAGGUAAGAAACGAGAGACAAAUAAUGAAGAUCAUUCUAAAGAGUUAAAUACAAGGAGCAAAGACACAUACCAGGUCAACGAUUCUGUUGAAGGUCAGCCAAAGACAACAGAAUCAGAGACUGAAAACAAGCAAGAGAAGAAAGGGGAGGCCAUGGCUAGAAGAGACGAUAGACCUUCAAGGAGGAGCAAUCCAACAAGCAAAGCAUCCAUACACGAAGAGGAGAGAUCACCAAGGAAACAAGACAGGACAAAUGAAAGACAUGAGACACGGCGAAAGACGGACACCACCGCAGACAAAGAGCUCCUCCAGUCAUCCAGAGAAAGCUCCGGUAGAAAAAUAAGUACAAGGGGAAAUAAAGAGGACAAAGUCAAAGAAGAGGAAAUCCCAACAAGAUUGACCAGAGGAAAAACGGCAAGAAAAACCGAGGAUGCUUCGACUGAGAAAACAAAAGGAAAGGACACACCAACGAGAGGGAGUCUUAAUAAGCACACUGUCAGCCAGGAGGGCCAAUCAGAGGACGGCAGGCGUCGUCACAGGAAACAAAUCCAGACUGUAGAUGAUGCUGGCUGUGACAAAGAGGACAAGUCCAACGAGGAGCCAACAAGGACAACUUUAAGAUCUGAAAAACGCAAACUUGACAAUGACACAGAUGAGGUGAAGGAUGAAACAUCAACACCCGGGACAAGAGGCCGACCUAAGAAGAUUACCAGACUGACCCCUGUAAGUAAAUCUACCGGACGGAAAGAUGCGACUUCAGGAAAGGAGAAAGAAGAAAAGAAAGCCUCCUCAUCAUCAUCAAUGGACAAAGAUUCGUCUAAACUGUCCACUGAUGGCACACUGAAUGUGCAGAGGACAGCAGGAAUGAAAACGGCGAGUAAAGCCGAGAGCGGCUCAGCGUCUGUCGGGCUGGAGAAUAAAAAGCUGGAGGGACGUUUGGAGGAAGGGGAGAAGGAAGGAAGGAGCCGGGCCGACCUUAAAGUUGUGAGUAAAAAGAGGAGGGACGCGGUCGGACCUGAAGCAAAGCGAUCUCGCUCUCAGUCUCCUUCCGUCCCUGCCGAUUUCAAACUGCCGGAAUUCAAAACCAACAACUCCCUCGGAAAUGAGUUUGUGGUCCCCGCUUAUUUCUGUAACCUGUGCUCGGUGUUCUACCAACACGAGAGCGCGGCCGAGGGGCCCCACUGCAGCAGCCAGACACACUUAAACAACCUGCAGAAACACUACGAAGAGCUUCAACAGAAAUCAGCAGGAAGUUCAACAAAGUCGUGAAGGCUCUCGUUCUGAGUGACUCCAUCAACACCGACGUUGAAGUAUUUUAUGUCUAACAAUGUGAAAAAGCUCAAACGUCAGCCGUCUAAAAAAAAAAAACAACCCCACUGGGAUUUGUAGUCCCUCCCAGUUGAAGUGCCUCGUUCUGCUCUACAUUUGCACGUAUGAGCAGAGUUUCAAAUGACGACCAUUUAAAAGACGUUACAAGAUUUCAGACAUCAGUGAUGAACCACAGCAGUAUUUCUAAUGGGACUCCACAAAGAGGUGUUUUAGGACCAUAAAGUUCUGGGGACUUUUUGAAGAGGAACUAUCCACUCCCUGAGAAAGCUGAGGAACCAUGGUAACUUUUUUUUACGUCUGCAUUCUCACCGCCAUGGAGCUGGGAGAGUACCUACUCUGACACAGGAGCUAAAAAAGGUUCCUCUAAACGAGGUUCCAGGAACUAAAAAUAGUUCACAGUUCCUGCGGUGCAGAAUCAAUAGAAAAGGGGGGCGGGUUCUAAAAGUACCUAGAACUAUGAAAAGGUUCCUGCGGUCCGAGAAUGCCCAAUGAUGACUUUCUUUUCCUUCCUUUUGCAUUAUUCAGUGGUUGACCAGCCAGGGUUUUUCCCUCUAAUAGAGUCCUAAUAUCCACCUCACAGAAAUCACUGACUCGUGGACACGAGGCCUAAACGGUCACUUUGGCAGCUUAUUUGAUGUUUUGUUUUUGAUUUUUGAUAUAUGACGCCUUGAAUGUAAUCUUAAACAUGUAUGUUUAGAUGUUUUCUGUUUUAAGCCAAACCAUGCUUUUUUAAAAAUGUUUGACAAACUGUAUGAAACUGUUUUCCCCUCAAUGAUCAUGUGAUGACAUUUCUUUUUUAAUUUGAUGUUUUUAAUGAACUUCUUUCUGUUCCCAGUUUCCCACGGUUUAGUAUUUUGUGGGAAACUGGGAGCAGGUGAAAAAAAAAAAAAAACUAUGUUAUGAUCUCGCUUCAUGAAUGUAAUGUUUAGUCUGAAGGACGUUACUGAUAUCGUUUCAUAAUGAACUCGCCAAAUCCUGUGAAGUGAAAGAUUCCCAGUUUUCAUAAAAGAUCCUUUUGCCUUUUCCGUAAACAAAGGUCAAAGGUCAAAUGUCUGUACAGCUUUUAUAAAUAAA